UCGAGGCUCCAAAACCUAAUCCUAGUUGGUUUCAAAAUUUCUCGAAAGUAUUUAAACCCUAGCUGGUUCAAUUCUUCGUAUUCAUUCAUAUUUCGUUUAUUUUUAUUUCGUUUGCUCAGUGAUAUCUAGGCCAACAUGAAUACAGAUAGGGAUCCAUUGGAUGCUGCAGAGAGGUUUCUCAUCUCGUCUUGUAUGUGUUUUAAACUUCUUUAGUUGUUAUUUUCGCCAUUUUUCGACACGCCUGGUGGUGAGCAAUUUAUGCCGAUUAAGGCCAAGAGGUGUGUAUUCGACUUUUUAGUGUUUUGGUCUAUAUACGUAUGGUUCCUUUACUUUAUACGCGAUGAAGAUACAAAGAGAAAUUUAAAGCAAAUAUAUACCGAUAAAUUCCCCAGUAUGAUUGUGUCAAUAUUGGACAAGAUAUUCGACUUGCUAGAAAAUCCAGGUAUGCUUAUGUACUUUACAAUUGGAGUAACGCUGAUUAGUUUGACGAUAGAUUAUUGGAAAGAUUGGUUCAAGAAUUGGUAUCUGUUAAGAAAUAUAUUGUGUUAAUGUAGUAUAUUCACUUUCCUUAUUAGUUGUAAAUCAAAUCCCACAGAAUGUGGAUCACGAUUAUGGAAGCUUAAAAUUAGACUUAGAUUGAUUCUUAGCAUCUGUAUAUAUAUGCAGCUAGUUUUGUAAAUGAAAAUACAUACCUUCAGCUAAUUCUCUUGUUUCACAAAAGCUUCUUUGUCUCAUUUUUAACUUGGUAUCAGAGCAGCCACCAUUUUCUCGAGAAAAUGGUGAACGACAAAGACGAAACACCAAUCUACCAAUCUGAUACUUCAAAAACCAUCCAGCAAAGCGUUGGUUUGGACCAAUCUAAUCCAUAUUUUGUUCAUCCUUCAGAUCACCCCAAUGAUAUGCUCGUUCCAGUGAAACUGAACGGCACCAACUAUCCAUCAUGGAGUAAAUCCAUGAUACAUGCCCUCACAGCCAAGAAUAAAAUUGGCUUUAUCAGCAGAACUAUCAAACCACCUCUAGAGACGGAACAACCAAUAGAAUAUGCGCAAUGGAAUCAAUGUAACAACAUGGUUCUAUCUUGGCUUACACAUUCAGUAGAGCCCGAUCUAGCCAAAGGAGUCAUUCAUGCUAAGACCGCUUAUCAAGUAUGGGAGGAUUUUGGAGAUCAAUUCUCGCAAAAGAAUGCACCAGCUAUCUAUCAGAUCCAAAAGUCAUUGGCAUCUAUUUCACAAGGUACAAUGUCGGUCUCUGCAUAUUUUAUAAGACUCAAAGGUCUUUGGGAUGAAUUAGACACGCAUCGAUCUAUCCCCACUUGCAACCAGAUGAAAGGACAUGGUGAACAGAUGGAAGAAGAUCGCGUAAUGCAAUUUCUCAUGGGCCUCAAUGACACUUACAAUGUUGUCCGUUCAAAUGUUCUCAUGAUGUCUCCAUUACCGAAUGUACGUCAAGCCUACUCUCUUGUUAUACAAGAAGAAACGCAACGAGGACUUGGCUACGGGGAAGAUGAUUGGCUUGGGUAAAUAGCGUGGUGGCCUCUAUUACAUGUCUCCCUUGCAAAAGAUGCCCGCCUCUCAUCAAGUUUCUCAACCCUCGAAUUUAUGGCACAUGCGCCUUGGCCAUCCGUCACCAUCUCGUUUUAAAUUAGUUUCUCCAUCAUUGCCUUCUUAUAAUGAAUCUUUUGAGAAUAAUUGUACUGUUUGUCCUAUGACCAAAUAAACUAGACUU